GGAUGGUUUAUUCCGGGUUUCGAUGAAUGUGGUUCCAGUAAAAUCACAGAAAAUCACAUUCCAAUAGAAAUGAAUUUGACUGCUUAUUGGUUUUUAUUGAUGAAACACCAAAUGAGAAAUGCAAACUUUCCAAAAACGGAUGAUGGUCGAGUUUAUCAUAUUGGCUUGAAACGUGGAGAAGUCGCAAAUAGAAUAUUAGUCGUAGAAGAUCCUGACAGUGCACGAAAAAUGGCAGAACUCUUAGAUCGAACUCCAAAGCCCUUUAUUUUCGAAUCUAAUAAAGGUUUCAUUACAAUUACUGGUCGAUAUAAGAAUGUUCCUGUUAGCAUUGUUUCUAUCGUUAUGGGUUAUGUGAUAAUGGACUUUUUUAUUCGUGAAGUCCGUCAAAUAAUAACAGGAGAAAUAAUAAUAAUCCGUUUUGGCUCCUGUGGUUCAAUAGGCACUCCUACGAUAGGUAACAUACUCGUACCAUAUGGUGCGUUCUCGGUGACCAGAAAUUACGACUAUUUCAUACAUGGCGUUGAUACAAAUGAUGCAAUGCCAAUAGUCGAUUCUCCUUAUUAUAUAUCUAAAAUUGCUUAUGCUGAUGAGGAAUUGAGCUAUUUGUAUGAUGAUGCUCACAUUGUGGACAUGCAAUCUUUUAUGUUAUUUCAUUUGGCAAAUACGUGUCGUUACACUUCUCAUUCAAGAAUUCAUGAAAAACCACGUAAUAUUCGUCAUAGUAUAAUAAAUACUAAAAAUGGUAAAGACAGUACCGGUGCUUUAUAUAAUUCCGUGUUAAAUAACUCCCAAUCUUCUCUUCUCAAAUAUUCGACUUCUCGAA